AUGAAGCGCAUAUUAGCGUUACUAGUUUUUAUUAUAAGUUUUUUUUGCUUUAAGGAUGUAAACUGUGUUAAAGACUUCCCAUUACCAUCAAUAGAAAGUCCUUUAACAGCAUUGAAUAAAUAUGAUAAAUUUUAUUUGCGUAUGUACAACAAGAUGCCAAGAUUGGAACAAAGCGGCACUGAUUAUAUAAAUGGUAUUAAUAUGAAGAAUACUAUAUUUAUUUUGUAUUUCUAUGCCAAAUGGUGUCACGCUUGCAAGUUACAAGGACCAGAAUUGGACAAAUUGGAAAAAAAUUUCGGAAAAAAAGUCCACAUAAUAAGAAUUGAUAUUGACAAUAAUGAAGAAAUUGCGAAGAAAAAUUUUAUAAAAGCUUUACCCACAACUAUCAUAAUUAAAAAUAAAAUUGUAAUAGCAAAAAAUGAGCAUUAUGUUACAAGUAAUGAAUUAACAUCAACUAUUAGAAAGCACUUAUAA